UUGCCAAUAUCUUUUUCUAAUAACAGUAUUACCUUCUGCAAUGUUUGGAUGAAAAGAAAUUGUAAAAGCAUUUUAUUUCAACGAAAAACUUAGUCCUAUUAGUACUCAAGUUAUGGAAAACUUGUAGCCAAGUCUGUAUAUAUUACAAGAAAUACUAAAGGCUUGGUUUUAAAAAUUGAAAAAGUUAUUGUAACAAAUUUGGUGAGUGCUAAGUUGCUAACUGGGAGCUUAACGAAGAAAUAUUUAGGAAGUGAAAUUAUCUAAACAAGAUACAAUGCUUGCUUCUUAUCAAAAUGUCAGAAGAUAAUACAACUCAGCAGUGUGAUGAAAUCGAAGCUGUAUCUGCAAUCUAUGGAGAUGACUUCCAGGUGGUGGACCAAUAUCGUAGAGAGUACAGCAUUUCGAUUUGUGUUGCAAGCCUUGUUGUGCUGCUGCAGGUGAGACUGCCAGAUGAGUAUCCCAGCCAAAGUGCACCUCACUAUGAGCUGGUGGCAGCUUGGUUACGAGGGGAGCAGCGUUCAAAAUUGCGCGAGUGCCUUGAUCAAGUUUACUUAGAACACGUCGGUGAGUGUGUGCUGUACAUCUGGGCAGAACGUGUGCGCGAGUUCCUACAGGACCUUGUUGACCAAGAUGCACAAGUGGAAGAAACCAUCAAGGAGUUUGAACAGACAAACUUGUUAAAUAAGCCAAGCGCUGGUGAUGACGAGAGCUGCCAGAGUAGCGAUGAAGGCUGCCCCUCCAUCACUUCAGGCGACCUCAUCAUCGACCGCAAGAGCGUCUUCCAGCCCCACCUGGCGCGCGUCACGGAUGUGCGGCAAGUGCCGCUCGUGUUGAGCCGCCUCAAGCAGAACCGCAAGAUCGCGACAGCGACACACAACAUCUACGCGUACCGCAUCGUGCUGCCGGACGCCGUCAUGGCGCAGGACUGUGAGGACGACGGCGAAACUAAAGCUGGAUCUCGUAUGCUGCACCUCAUGGCGGUACUGGAUGUGGUGAACGUUUUGGUGGUGGUGACGCGCUGGUAUGGCGGCUGCCACAUCGGUCCUGACAGAUUCAAACACAUCAAUGCCGCCACGAGGUCCAUAUUGGAAAUAUGCGGCUUCUUAGACGACGCCCAGGGAUCCAGUAAAAAGAAGCAAAUAAGUACGCGUAAAACCAAAUGAAACGCGAUGUUGUGUUUAUCCUAGAGGACUAAACUGAGAAUAUCAUUUGAAAAGAACUGUAGAACUGGUUUAUAUAAACUAACUUUAAUUGGUGUGCAUUGUGAUAUAAAUGCGGAGCAUCAGGUUAUUUAGUUCAAUUAUCGAUUCUUGCGGUUUUGACGAUGAAGUUUAACUUUAUGCGCUUGGGUGGAGGCUCUCCCAAAUUUGACGUGAAGAAAUUUUGGAAUUAUGUCGUUGAAUGGGAGUUUAUCAGUCGGUUUUUUAUCUAAAUUUUUAAAAUUCAUUUUACUUGGAUCAAUACUGUGAUUGCACAAAGCUGAAGGAAGUUUCUUCUAAGGAUUCGAUCAGCCUCGCUAAGUAAUUUAUUGAGUUCCUUUUGGCAAGCUAAAGCCUAAUUUAAUACUGAAUACGUAUAUAUCAAUAUAUUGCAAUCUUUCUCCACAAGAUAGAUUUGUUAUUUACUAGCUCAGCUACAUCGGUGAAAUCGAAUUCUAAAUUGAUUUUUUACCCUAAUUUUACUUUUUACCAGACAUAGAGCUUAACGUCAGUUUUUUCCAAUGCUAAUUAUAUGGCUCUGAUAGAAAUUAUUUUCCGUUAUUUCCGCUGUUUCAAGUGAAAUAUUAGAGUGGAAUUUUAAACACGUGGAUUUGAGUGAAGUAUUUGUGCCUUGCAACAUUCUGCAAAAAAUGUAUAUUCUGUCAGGGCUCGCAUCUAGUGUAUUGAUUGCCUCAUGAUCGCUUAUAUUUUACAAACCAUAUCAUAUAUUUUUCUUAUGAAUAAGUAUAAUCUAACACGUCUUUCAAUUAACGUAUAAAGUUGAUCACUUUU